AUGCAUUUAGCAAAACCCAGUUGGCUUGCCCAUUUAGAUGACAAAAAUCAAAGAACUUCGAUUUUCUCAAUACACGUACACCCUGACGGAACUAGAAUAGCAACCGGUGGACUUGAUAAUAAAAUCAAACUAUGGAGUACUUUACCAAUAACUGAUGGUAGUAAAGCUCUCGAUCCUAAUGUUCCAAAUUUAUUGUGUACCUUGGGCUUACAUAAUGGUUCGGUUCUCUGUGUAAGAUGGUCUAACAAAGAUGGUCGUUAUUUGGCAUCGGGUUCAGAUGAUCAACUUUUAUUAAUAUGGGAAUGGGACAAAUCAACCGAAGGUUGGGCUGGUGGAAGCGUUUUUGGAAGCGGUGAACAAAACAUUGAGAAUUGGAAAGUUAUACGUCGUCUUACAGGGCAUCAAUCAGAUGUGGUGGAUCUUGCGUGGUCAAGAGAUAAUACUUAUUUGGCCUCAUGUGGAUUAGACAAUUUAGUAUUCAUAUGGGAUGGUCGAACAUUUGAAAAGUUGCAUAAAUUAGAUAUGCACCAAGGAUUUGUCAAAGGCGUAACUUGGGAUCCCGUGGGCGAAUUUCUUGCAACCGAGUCAGAUGAUAAGACUGUCAAAGUUUGGAGAACAUCAGAUUGGAAAAUCCAAGCCGAAAUCAGUGAACCGUAUGCAAGUUCACCCACAACGACCUUUUACCGUCGGUUAAGUUGGUCUCCGGAUGGAUCACAUGUUGCUACUGCGAAUGGUGCACAGGGGCCCGUUCCAGUCGCUGCAAUAUUUAAUAGAGGUGAAUGGAAACCUGAUGUUUCAUUGGUUGGUCAUGACUCUGCCAUUGAAGUGGUGUCGUUCAAUCCAGUCAUUUUCAUGAUACCCGAGAGCGAUGAUGCUGACCCGGAAUCUCCUGAAUCUGCAAGUGUUGGCAGCGUAUGCGCAGUAGGAAGUCAAGAUCACAGUAUUUCCGUGUGGGUGACUCGGAAUGCGCGACCUUUGUUUGUUUGUCAAAAACCGUUUGAUCAUAGCGUUUUGGAUCUAGCAUGGUCACCUGAUGGUACACAUCUUUACGCUUGUUCGUAUGAUGGCACAGUGGUGGUCUUACAAUUUCUCAAUAAUGAAUUUGGAACACGGUUGUCAAUGGACGAACAUGACAAAAUUCUGGCCAAGUAUGGAUUUGUGCCGAAAGAUCCAAUUAUCCUAGAAAACACAACCCAACUUUCUAUGGAGGGGGCACUAGCUAUUGCAAACAAAAAUUCGUCUUCAGGUAGAAUAGCUGCGCUAAUGAGUGAUAACCAAGAAUUACCAUCUUCACCACCUAUCGUAAUUUCUGAUACGGUCGAUAAAAAGGGAAAUUUUGGAUCACCGUCAUCAGCACCGUCGCAAACCAUUACUCUCACGAAAGAUGGUAAAAAGAGAAUACAACCCCAAUUUAUAAGAGGGCUUACAUCUUCUCCCGGUGCUCCACUUCGUCCACCUAUGCUUAUGCAAACUGACAAUAUUAGUUCUCCAACAAUGAAUGGUAAUAUUUCUAGCGCUGCAGUAUUUUCUCAGUUACAACAACGACCUUUGAUUUUGGAUCAAACAAGUGGUUUAGAUGCACCUUCUCGCUCAUUACCGGCUGGUGGAAUACCCACAUUACUUAUUGGAAAUAAACGGAAAGAAUCAUUUGCGUCAGAGAUAGCUUCUCAGUCAAACAAGAGGCAGUCUUUUGGUAAAUCAAGAGCCGAUUCAGUCAUAGAAACCGAGGGUCACGUCUUAAGAUCAGGAUUAGUCCCACCAUCAGUAACAAUGUCACAGGUGAGGCUAGCCUCUCACAAAGUUAAAGAUUACCUCGCCAAGGAACGCCUUGAUGGUACAACGUUAAAGUUGGAGUGUUUCAACAAUAGUGCAAAAGGUCCAUCACAAAUAGUGUGUACUCGUGGUAAGGUGAUGGUUUGGGUGGAUUUUGUCCCGAGUUCAAUCAUACUUUUAACGGGACAUUCUCAAUAUUCCGCUGUCGCUUGUGAAGACGGUAGUUUAUUCAUAUAUUCUAGCGCUGGAAGAAGGUUAUUACCGGUUAUAAUGCUUGAAUCAGCCGCAUCAUUUUUAGAAAUUUGUCGUGAAUAUUUACUUUGCAUAACUCAAACUGGUCUAAUAAGCAUUUGGGACUUAAGAAAUUUAAAAGCGACCGUCGGUUCCGUAUCUACUGCACCUAUUCUCCAGGCAGCUACCUUAUCAUCAGAAGACUUUCACACCGCAGCUUCAAUUAUUUCCGCAUGCGUUAGACCUAAUGGUGUACCUUUACUAGUAACAAAUUUGAACGAAGCAUGGAGUUAUCAUCUUGAUAUGAAAACUUGGGUUAGAGUCUAUGAUCCUCGUUAUUCAACUCAAGAUCCUUCUAAUUCGGAAACUUCUGAGGUGGUUGAUGGUUCGAUCUUAGCUUCGUUGGAAAGUAUGGCAAGGCAACGUGGUGGAAAUAUUGGAUCAUUAGCAUAUUUAAGAUAUCCCGGAGGCAAGGAUACACAAGGGAAGGCUCAUGUAAUCGGACAUUUGGAGAAUCAGCUUGUUUCUGCUGAGAUGGUCAACUCUCCUACAGAGUAUAAACGUUUGUUGUUUACUUAUGCACAACAAUUGGCCGAUGAAGGGGCCGAAUUUAGAUUACAUGAAAUUUGUAUGAUGUUACUCGGUCCGAUCAAUGGACAAGAUAGCAUAAAUAAUAACCAAACUCUAUCGAAUUGGGAUCCGUUCAUUAUGGUAACUUUAGCAAACGGUAUGUCAAAACGGCAACUUUUGAAAGAAAUUUUACCUGUUUUAUCGGCAAAUCGUACGUUGCAGAGGCACGUAACUGAAUACGGUGAUGCUUUGAAAAAGAUAUUGAAAAUAGAUUGA